GUGUUCUAGAGUCAGAGUGAUCCCCUAGUGUUCGUCUUGUGUUUCCGUGGAUUAUUGCCAUUCCUUGGGGCCUCAGUGCGAGCUGACCUUGUUCGGGCCCACCAUGGGCCUUCCCUCGGGACCCAGUUCAACCCUGUGUGGGUUGCCUUGAGAUCCCCGUUCCACGACAUUUGUGUACGUAUGUGCGUGUUUGUGCCACUCCGUGUGACUCCUUCAAGAGUCUGUGUGAGUCUGUGACUAGUGACUCAAUUGAGCGAUGCUCAUGGGAACAAGAAGAGCAACACUUUUGAUUGCCAAUGCUUCUCAGUGAUCGAUCCCAGGAUUGAUCUCAUUCCAGUGUUAGUGAACCAGACAAAUCAGUGCCAGUCAACAUGACUUAUGCGGAGAUUUUAAUCCGGAAAGGAAAGAGGAUGGCAGCAGCCUACGUUCAGGCUGAAUGCAACACGGCCAAAGCCGAGCCUUCGAAAAGUCCUCAGCAUCUGAAUGCUCUUCUGGAUCAUCUCCUCCAUCCCGAAAAGCCCAUCAACGACCAGGACGCCAUCGAUUGGUGUCGUUGGCUCGUGGGUGGAGGCCGAUCCUACGACGAUUUCGCAGCCAAUGUGCGACAAUAUGACAAUACAGCCAUGUGCGGUUUGGUGUGGACUGCAGACUUUGUGGCUUUCCGGUGCCGAACGUGCGGAAUCUCGCAAUGCAUGUCGCUCUGCGUGGAUUGCUUCAAGUUUGGCAAUCAUGAAGGUCAUGACUACAACAUGUUCAAAAGCCAAGCGGGAGGAGCCUGUGACUGUGGGGAUGCCUCGGUUAUGAAAGAGUCCGGAUUCUGCUCCCAACAUCACGGUGCCAAUCAGCCCAAGAAACCCGUCAGCCCUCCCCCAGAGCUCAUGUGUGUGGCCGAGAACAUGGUCCCACGGAUCAUUCUCCGCUUGGUGCAGCAUCUCCGAGUCAACACUGUUCACAGCUCUCUUCACAUUCCCGCUGAUCAAGCUCCGGAAAGGUAUGAGAAGGCCAUCGAGAUGGCGGAUCGUCUGUUGAAGCUGCUUCAUGACUUUUCCUCGUUGGGCGCGGCCAUGCGAACGGUCUUGACCAAGGCUCUCUUGGACAACGAGUCCUACUUCCGAUUGACGAAUGUCAAUGAGGACUCUGAGUAUGCCAGUUUCAUGCGACGGAGCAAUGAGUUCUAUGACGAUGCACUCCAGAGUUUGCCGAAUCCGGAUCCGCCGAGAGAAUUCCAGGAUUGUCCGGCUUUGACAGCCCAACUCCAGCAUCGGAACUUCUUGGAAGAGCUCGUCUUCUGGAUGGUGAAAUACGAGUUCCCGGAGAAACUGGUGUGUCUUUUGCUGAAAAUGCUUCCGGAUCCGGAAUACAAGGAAGCAUUCACGCGAUCGUUCGUUCUCCAUUACUCCAGGGUGUCAAUGAUGCUGGUGAGAAGUUCCAAUUCGGACAAGUUGUCGAAUCGCGUGGUUCACGUCUCAGUCCAGCUGUUUUCGAACGAGGAAUUAGCGUUGGCCAUGACUGAGUCACUCUCCUUGUUGCACAUCAUGGUGUCAUCACUCAAGAAUAUGAUGACACUGGUCCUUGUGCCCAUGGAGGUCAACGCCCCCAGUGGAGCCACUGGGCGGGGACAUAUGGUGGUUGACUGUUCCAAGCACGUCAUGAAGAACCAUUGUUACUGGCCUCUAGUGUCAGAUUUGAACAAUGUGCUCUCGCACCCUCCCAUUGCCUAUCGUUUCAUGGGUGAUAACACCUUACUCACCUUGUGGUUUGACUUCCUCAAGAUGCUACAGGGAAUGAACCUGAACGUGAGGGUCAUUGGUCCACAUAUUGAAUUCGAGCCCAAUACAUACUAUGCCUCGUUCUCGGGGGAAUUGGAGGCGUCGGCCUCGCCCAUGUGGGCAUUGGUCUCGCAUACUAAAAAUGGCAUAUCCAGGGAGUUCUCGGAAAACACCAUCCGUCAUUGUCUCAGAGCCAUCAGAGAGUGGAUGGAAGCCAUGGGAGAUAAUUCCGUCAUGACUGAUUCCAAUAAAGCUUCGUUUCAUAUCCCUCUACAUCGGUAUUUCGCCAUUUUCCUGCGACAAGUGGUCAAAUACCAAGGUUUCACUCUACAAGAGUUAUUGCCGGACACUGAAAUGCUAACCAAAAUGAUGGAACAUCCUCUACGAGUUCAGACUGCUGUGCACGAAAUAAUGUGCGGCCUUUGGGUCAGAAACGGACUUCAGAUCAAAGGUCAGGUCAUGACAUACCUCCAAUGCCAUUUCUGCAGAUCCAUGGUGGAUGCCGACAUCUUCCUCCUCCAAGUGUGUGCCACGCAACUCAGAACUGAGGACUUCUUGAGCACUGUACUGGACAGGUUCCAAAUCAAGGAUUGGCUGUUGUUGUCGGAAUUCAGUCGCAAGACAAGUUCACGCUCCUAUCGUGAUACCGACCAAGAACUACAGAUGAUCGAAUCCUCUCUGAUCUUCCUUUUGUCCCUGAUAUCUCUCCGAACCAAUUUGGGUUUGAGUGAAGAAAUCCUGGCCCGGGUUGAAAUGGUUUCUUUGCUCUGCAUGGGGGAUAAAACACACUCCAUGCUCUAUGAACAUAUGCCCGAGAAAUGUGGGACUCCAUGUCCCCUGGAACUCUUCAAUAAUGUCUUGGGCGAAGUGGCGCAAUUCAGUGAGCCCAGGUUUGAGGCCAGCGGAAACAUGCAGCAAGGGAUGUAUCUGCCCAAACCUCAUGUUUGGGAAGAGAUGUACGACCCCAUUUACGUCCUGCUUAGGGCGGUCCAUGGACGCGAGUUCCAAAGUUCUAUAGAACGGUUCAACCAUUUUGCUAAAACCCGAUAUGAAAGCGACUCGUUCCGGUCAAAGACAGUGACAAGUCCGUGGCCUCCGUGGAGGUUGCCUUCUCCUGUGGACGAUGGAUUUGAGGACCCCAGAAAAAUCCUCCAUUCAAAAUACUCACAUGGACUGAUCUUCAACCUACUUCACAAGGCUGUUCAUGGUCAAAAAAUCAAUGACUUCAUCACCUCUGUGGCCGUGCAUCUGCUCGAGUUGGCUGUGACUUAUCCUCAAAAAGAGGGAUACUCUGGCACGGAGAUUGCUGUGAGCAAACCUUGGUUCAUGUCGAGUGAGCCUGUGGAUCUGCAAUACGACACGUGGUAUCCCACCGAUUGGUUGUCGGCCAACCUUCGUCAUUUCAUCACUGUGAUAUUCUCCAAUUCUCAUGAGCCCAAUAGCGUUGAGCCGGCCCAUGGCAACCCUGACCGUCAGAGCAGCCUCGAGGAUGAUCUUGGCAGCAUUCCGGGGGAUGUUGAUGAGUCCAACACCCUGGAACCCGUCCAGAGCAUGGACGUGGAUCCUGAUCAACUAGAUGUGAUAUUGCAAUCGAUUGCAACCAAUAAUGCAGAGCGAGGUCAUGGCCAACACCUUCAACAACAGCAACAACAACAACAACAACGGCCUCCUCCUCCACAACAGCUGGCCUUAACGGGCCCUUCAGCAAGUGGAGGCAAAGAACUUGUUCCACAAACGGCCUUAACCCAAGAAAGAUCUUCAUCGUCUUCACCCAUGCUGCCCGAAAUUCAACAAGACUUUCCAGAGAUUGGUCUAACCGUGAAUCCGGCCUUGACCCAAGAUGGAGUGUUCUCCUCUACCUCAAGAUUUGCGGGACGUCAAUCCACCCGCCAAAAGAACCGUGGCAAAGUGACCUUGCUCAAUGAGAGCAUCAUAACGCUAUUGCUCAAGCUCCACUCAAAGUACUCGGGUAAACCUGACAGCUACGUCGCUUUGGACAAGCGAUCCGGACCUUCGGUGACCAAAGAUUAUCGGGAAUCUCGCGUUGGAGACGCUUGUUUCUUCAUCGAAAAGGUCCUGGAUCGGAUCCAUGAAAUGGACGAGUCGUGUGCUGAGAGCAUCGAGGCCAGUCGAAAGAUCGUUUGGCCCGACCAUCACAAGCAAGAAGCUCGAGUCGAGGAGGAAGCCGAGCGAAGGGAAACCGAAAUGAAGAAAAAGAAGGCUAAGGAACGGCAAAGGAAACUGAUGGAGCAAUUGGCUGCUCAACGGAAAAGGUUUGAAGAGAACUCUUGUCAAGACACCACUGACAAAGACGAUGAAAGUCAAAGCGAGGCGUCCACCUCUCAAGGAGCUGAUGCCGGUCCGGAUGACGGAAUGGACGUGAAACGAGAUGUCAAGCAAUAUCAUUGCUGCCAUUGCCGACUAGAAUCUCCCGCUAGUGAAGACCGACCCAUUGGUCUCGUCACUUUAAUCCAGUCAACAUCAGUUUUGGCCCACAAACAUCGCGAAAAUACUCAUCUGUUGUUGCCGACCAGUGAGGAUAUGGUGGAUUCUUUGCCUCAUCCCACGGAAGAUUCCUUGGGCAUGGAGCAUGAGGAGCGAUUCCAAAUGAUGCUUCAACACUUUGACCACCAAUCUGUCCUUUUGUCCAUGAACCGAGGAUGGAAAGGUGGGAUCCACGUGCAAUCAUGUGGCCAUCACAUGCAUUACGACUGCCGUCAGAGUUAUUGCGAGACCUUGAAACAUCAAAUGAGAGUCACAAGAGACCAGGCCCUGGAUACCGAUCAUGGCGAGUUCAUUUGUCCGGUGUGUCGACAAAUGGCCAACUCUUUACUGCCCGUGCCUCCCGAUCCCCCCAAUCUUCCCGCCACCAGGUUCGUUGGGGAUCCGAACCUGCAAAUGAAUCAAGUGUCUUCCAAAAUCCACCAGUUGCUCUCCGAAGAUUUCGUUCAUUUGAAGCCAGGUGCCACUCAGCUUCGGGCAGAGAUGUCGCACGUGAUGGAGUUCCUGACCAAGACCACGCUGCCCCAAUAUCGAAUGGACAAGACCAAUCACCCCACGCAGGCUAUCACCAACUUCAUCAGUUCCAUUGCUCGGACCAACCUCGAGGUGGAUCUCGUUCAACGAGGCGGGUCUUUGGUGGAAACCCAAGGAGCUGGGGCCACAGGGCUGAGUCAGGCUGCACACGUCAAUAAGCCUAAGUUCUGCUUUGUGCCGUUACUUCAUGUCCUUGGUAUUCAUAUGAAUGCAUGGCCGAGUCGAUCCUUGGCUGAAGAGUGGGGACAGAUCACGGGACAAUGGAAGCUGCCGGAAGGCGUAAGAACCACUCAUCCCAUGAUCCCUAAGCAGAGAGACGUUCCGUUGCUCCUUCAAGAUCCCCUUACCCUUAUGUUGCACUUCUUAUUGUUGCUACCCACCAACAUGGAGAAAGCCUACUUUGACACAAUCACAAAGGCCUGUUUCAACUUGAACGUGGUCCAGAUCUUGGUCCGGCUUACCUGUGGUCUGAGUCUCAAAGAGAGAGAUGAUCUGAAGGAAGCCUUCAAAAAGGAUCCCCAAGGAAAGUCAUUGAACUGCAACCUUGGUCAUGUCAUUUCUUUGAUGGAGGCCCAAGGUCUUUAUUUGAGUGAUAAUGAUCAGAUGUCCCUGGGAGAGGAUAUAUUGGGAUUAGAGGUCUCUGAUCUGGAGGAGAGUGCUCAAGAAUUGGCACUUCCCUACUUGAGGAUUGCCUCCUUAAUUAAGAAGUACGUCUUUGAGGAAGACAUUCCUCAAAUCUACCUAGACAACAGAGAAUUCACCCAGCUAUUGGAGUACCUGGAUCUGGCACCAUCAGCCACGCCCAUCACAAAAGUCAGUGGUGCUUCAGCUAUGGAUGAGGAUCCUCAUCAACCCAACCUGUCAAUCUGUGAUGGCCUAAAUUGGUUCCAUUCCAAAGGGGAGGAGACUGGGCCCGGUUCCAAUAAUGAAUUGACUCUCUGGUGUCAGAACUUCUUUCCAAUGAUCAAGAGUCACUGCGGGGCAGCACAAAAAUUGCUGCAAGUGAACCUGCUCUGGCAACAACCAAGCUUACUGAAGGUUCCCAAGAACUAUGAUGAAAUAUUUGAGUUCUAUCAUAAACGAAAAUGUUGCAAAUGUGGCAAGGUUCCCAAGGAUCCUACUGUAUGCCUCAUGUGUGGCACCAUGGUUUGUCUGAAGGAGAACUGUUGCCGCCAACCGGUGGGCGAGUCUCAUGUCCUAGAGACAGUCAAACAUGCGUGGGAUUGUGGUGGAGGCACUGGGAUCUUCCUUGCCGUCAACUCUUCCACAAUUGUAGUUAUCCGUGGAAAACGUGCUUGCAUAUGGGGCUCUAUUUACUUAGACAUGUUUGGUGAAGAAGAUAAGGAACUCAAGCGUGGUAAGCCGUUGUUCCUUCAUCAAGAGCGAUAUCGUCUGUUGGAGCAUCAAUGGAGGACUCACAAGUUUGACCAUACUAACCGGAAAUGGGUGAUGCAUCGGGACACAAUAUAAAUGUGCUCUGGGCUUCCACAUGAUUUGUCUACAUACCGUUAGUUAAUGAAAAGAAAUAAGUUCCUACUGACAAGAAGAAGAUCUGACUGGCAAGAGAAAUUCCUUCCCCAAGAUCUGUAUUAAAUGAAUUCACUUUUCUUGAUGUGCUUGUUUCUCAAAGAAAGCGGUUCCCAAGCAUCUAUUAUGCAAUACUGUAAAGCGUACAUGUCACAAAAAAAUUAUAUCGAUCAACUUCAAGAUCUAUUUUUUCGCCAUGAAGAACUGAACGCACCUACACAUUGCAAUGUUACAAAAUCUGUAUAUCAAGUUGCUUAAAGAAUAAACACUUUAGAUGACUGAGCAAAAUAAAGUUCUCCUUAAAUUGUUCAAAUAAUGACGAGUGCGGAGUUACCUCUCUUCGUCGCUUUAAAAAUAGGCUAAAUUGCAAAAAAAGGUUGACAAAUAAAGGAAAAAGUACAAUUCAUUUUUAAUUGAUGUCCUGAAAUCCCGGUCAAUAAACAAACUGUUAGAAUGCA